CUGAAGAGGAUUCAUUAAAAUGCUGAUCUUAUUCCAACUGCUGCUGCUGCUCGGAGCGACGCGAAGCACAUUCAGUCAGAUCUUUGAGACAAAGACUGCUGAUGUCGGAGAUGAAGUGAAGUUGACGUGCAGCCGCCGCGAGAGGUCUGAUUUCACAGCCAAAAACCUUUUUUGGAUCCGGCUUGUUUCUGGAAACUUGCCUGAAUUCUUGGGAGGAACAUUUUCCUUUGAUGAUGAUGGUGUUAAUGAGACUCCUCACUUUACAGUCAAACAAGAGCCUGGAAGCUUUGUUCUGUACAUUAACAAAGCAGAGCCGAGUGAUGCUGGAGUUUACUACUGCAUGGAACAACUUAAUCUUGACAUGAAAUUAUUGAAUGGAACAUUUCUGAAAAUUAAAGGACCAGAACCUGAUAUAACUGCCGUCCUUCAAGCCCGUCCAUCUGACCCGGUCGGUUCAGGAGACUCUGUGUCUCUGCAGUGUUCCGUCCUGUCCGACUCUGACAACCGAACAUGUCCAACAUAUGACAAGCUGUACUGGUUCAGAGCUAAUGAAUCUCAUCCCAGUUUAGUUUAUGUUCAUGGAAGUAGUAGUGAUGAAUGCGACAAGAGCCUUGAAGCUCACUCACCCCACAGAUGUGUCUUCAAUUUCUGUAAGAGUUUUAGUUCCUCUGAUUUUGGGACUUAUUACUGCGCUGUGGUCACAUGUGGAGAGAUUUUAUUUGGACGAGGAAUAAAACUGGAAAAUGAAGUGGUCAACAAGUUGAAUGAACAGAAGAGCAAUACAGUUCUGUGUCUGUUAAGUGCUGCAUUGGCGAUAAGUCUGAUUGUUGUUGUCGUCCUUUUCAAGAAGAAAACGUGUGAUUGUUGCAAAGCUGGAGUUUCUUUACAAACAGAGGCUGCAGCAGUCUGUGGUAAUCCACCAAGUCAGCAGAGACACGAGGACUCACUGGUUUAUUCUGCACCGACCUUCACCAGGAGGAAGGCUGGCAAAACCACCGGGAGAGGAAAUGUAAAACCUGCUGAUGAACAAACUGUCUACUCUGAUGUCAGAGCUUAUGUGAUAGAUUAACAAUCCAAACAAUCGACUUUCUGAUGAAAUUGCUAUUAUUAUUGUGCUUAUUGCUCCCUCACUGCUUUACACUCAACGAAAUCCCCACUGUUUGCUGUCCUUGCUCCUCGCAACUAAAACACAUCUCUUCCGACUUUAACCAAGUUUCUUUCUUGAUUCUUGGUGUUCUGGGUUCGUACCCUCAUGGUUGAUGCACUUAUUGUGAGGUUGCUUUGAAUUAAUGCUUCAGCUGAAUGAAAUGAAAUGUGACUGUGUAUUUCAAAUUUCUCAGCAUUUUCAAGGUCAAUUGUGCUUCUACUCAAACUGGCUAUUAGAGAGAUUCAAACUUUCACAUUGUCUAUUAUGCGAAUUAAAUAUAUAAAUAAAAUGUAUGUAUUUGUUUAUUGUUUGAAUCUUACUACAUAAAAUGCACUGUAAAAAAACUAGAUC